CGGGACCCUGAAAGCCCUGGCCCCGCGGGCGCGGUGGGGGGCGAAAGGCGGGGGAUCCGGGGGCGUCCCUUUACCCGCGGGUCCCCAUCCUCCCCUGCGGGCUUCAGCUGCCUUCCUCGCGCCUGGCUGGGGCCACUUAACGGGCACAGCCUGACCCCGUCUUGCCACCGCUUACCCGUUCGCACGCGCCCCCGAGGGACGAGCGUGGGCACAAGUACCCUACAGGGCGUGGGAAAGAGUUCGGCCGCGUGGAUUAGCUGGGUGACCUUUGGUCUGCAGCUUCACUCAGCGGAGGCUCAGUUUCCCCAUCUCUAAAACGGGCACGAUUCAUACCACCGCUUCAGGGGCUGGUUGGGAGUAUGAAAAGAUAAGCAACGGGCAGUGACAGCGUGGCUGUCACUCGGCAGGCGCGCGCUGAAUGUUAGUUAUCUUGGGGAAUGGUGGCGGCCCCCUCCAGGCCCGGGGACGGGCUAGCCGUCCCGCCCCGGCACCUGAGUCCGUCAUCCCUGUCCCCAGCCCCGGCCUUGGACUCGGCGGCCGCCGGGGACCUGACGGAUGCGCUGUGCGAGUUUGACGCGGUGCUGGCCGACUUCGCGUCGCCCUUCCACGAGCGCCACUUCCACUACGAGGAGCACCUGGAGCGCAUGAAGCGGCGGAGCAGCGCCAGCGUGAGCGACAGCAGCGGCUUCAGCGACUCCGACAGUGCAGAUUCGCUCUAUAGGAACAGCUUCAGCUUCAGUGAUGAAAAACUGAAUUCUCCAACAGACGCUGCUCCAGCUCUUCUCUCCCCCACCGUCCCUCCUCGGAAAGCUAAACUAGGAGACACGAAAGAGCUAGAAGACUUUAUUGCUGAUCUUGACAGAACAUUAGCAAGUAUGUGAAACAAGGAGAAGUUCUGGGUCCUUUCAUCCUAAGGGAGAAGCUUCAGAAAGCUCCGAGGACCCUGGUAAAAUCAGCUACGGAAUUUGCUGCCAGAGCAGACAGAGAUGAGAACUCACCUACCAGCAGGCCAUUCUCAGACUCGUUCUGAAACCAGCCUUUGAUCAUCUCUGGGCAAUUUAGAGCGUGAAACUGACUUUGUUGACCAGCUUGCAGCAUAUUAGAACAGAUGACCCAUGCUAAUAUUGUAUUUUCUCUCAAAACAUAGCUUUCCUGUAAUUUAAAGUGCAUUUAUGGAAAUAUUUGUAAUUAAUUAUAUAUAGUUGGAAACAGUAAUAUGCUUUUCCCAGUAUAAUAUAUUUUUGUAUGCAAAUAAAAUUUGAACUGGAGUCUGUAUGUUGUAAACUUUUUUUUUUUUAAAUAUCUUUCAAUGUAUUCUCAUUCAAAUAAUGUUCUAGUGGGAAUAACACCCCUCUUGAUGCCUAAUGAGGGCGUUGAAUGCUCCAGAUCACUCUAGACAAUAGGGUGGGGAAGUGUGACUUUGAACCUCAUUCAGUACUCCAGAGGGAAAUGCUGGUAUACGAUUCAUGGGAAAUUUUAUUUUAUUUGGUUUUAUUUAUUUUU